AUGGCACCAACCCUAGUUGGCUUCCUGGUGGCCUUAUCCUUGCGAGCUGCGGUUUACGGAUCUCCUCCCGGGCCGGUGGUGAGAUGCGCCGCCGGCAACACCGACUGCACCGUCACCAACGCCUACGGGUCCUUCCCUGACAGAAGCACCUGCCGGGUGGCGGCCGUCGCCCGCCCCUCCAAUGAGGGUGAGCUCCUCGCCACCGUCUCCAGUGCGGUCGUGAAGAGGCAGCACAUGAAGGUCGUCACCGUCUAUUCCCAUAGCAUCCCCAAGCUUUCCUGCCCCGGCGGCCCCGCCGGCGCAGGCCUGGCCAUCAGCACCGAUCUCCUAAGCAAGGUGGUGAGCGUCGAUCUCGCUUCCAACAGGAUGACCUUCGAGGCGGGCAUCACACUGAGGCAGCUGCUUGACGCUGCGGCAGCGAGGGGGCUGGCUCUCCCCUACACUCCCUACUGGGAGGGAGUCACCCUGGGAGGAAUGCUCGGGACGGGCUCCCACGGCAGCUCGCUCUUCGGAAAGGGAUCCGCGGUGCACGAAAGGGUAGUGGGAAUGAGGCUGGUAGUCCCCAGUCCCUACCCAAUCAACGGAUACCGCGCUAAGGUAGUCGAGCUUGUAGAAGGCGACGAGGAUCUUCUUGCUGCCAAGGUGUCCCUCGGGGUCUUGGGCGUCAUCUCUCAGGUAACAUUCGACCGCAAUCUUCUCCCAUUAGAACCUAAUCCUACGUAACCAGCGAGUGAUCUUAACAGAACUAAGAUAUAUGUCGGUGCACCACGGCGGCAGUUGACUUCGAUUAGGUGAUUGACCAGGUGACCCUCCAACUAGAGCCCACAUUCAAGCGAUCGGUCACCAAUCGGGUUGAGAGAGACAUCGGCUUCGAGCGCACGAUCUCUACCUUCGCGGCGGCCACAGAGUUCGGUGACAUAAUCUGGUACCCGGCACAGGCCAAGGUGACGUACAGAGACGACGUUAGGCUGCCCAUCUCCGCCUCCGGCGAGGGGACGAACGAUUUUAUCGGAUUCCGGCCUCAGCCAUCGUUAAUAAUGGUGGGGAACCGAGCUACAGGUCCGUGCAACAGUACCAUUGCCGUCGGCUGAGUCGUCCUCCGUUCAGUUGAUGACUAAUUCUUAUUUGCCUCGUUCACCGUCUCAGAGGAGCUCCUGGAGGCCACAGGAGACUCUCGUGGGAAAUGCCUGCUGUCCAAGCUGCAGGUAACAACUCUGCAGGAGACUGGCGGCGGUCUCCGGAACAAUGACGGCAGUGUUCUUGAAUUUACGGGUUAUCCGGUCGUCGGCAACCAGAGUGACAUGCAAACUUCUGGUAAUCCGCACAGACAGAUCUACCUCAUCGGAUACUACAUUAUGUCAAACAUGUGCCGGGCACCCCCACCACAUUUGGUGUCAUCUAAAGCCUUUUCUUUCUUGUUGCGAGAUCAACCUGGAUCCCGUUCACAUUCUUAGAUUAAAUAUUGAAGAGAAUUUUUUCCUCGCUGUGGACAGGAUCUUGCUUGACGAGUGGGGAGGACGGCCUGCUCACCGUGUGCGCAUGGGACCCUCGGAUUGCUGGCCUGUUCUACCAGCAGACGACGAUCAGCAUCCCACUGACUGACAUCGCCAGCUUCAUCGCCGAAGUGAAGAAGCUCCGGGACCUGAGGCCCAGCGCCUUCUGCGGCAUCGAACUCUACUACGGCUUCCUCAUGAGGUUUGUCCGCAGCUCCACCGCCUACCUGGGCAAGACCGCCGAUUCCGUCGAUAUCGACAUCACCUACUACCGCUCCCACAAGCCUGGCACCCCGCGGCUGGACGAAGACGUGCUGGAGGAGAUCGAGCAGAUGGCGCUCUUCAAAUUCAACGGCAUGCCGCACUGGGGGAAGAAUCGGAACGUCGGGUUCCUCAACGUGCGAGAGAAGCUGGGGGCGAAGGGCGACAAGUUCGUGGCGGCAAUGACCAAGUACGACAGGGACGGGCUGUUCUCUUCCGACUGGACGGACGCCGUGCUGGGCCUGGGGGGGAAGAGCCCGGUGAACGCAGGGAAGGGGUGUGCUCUGGAGGGCAUGUGCAUCUGCUCCCUCGACUUGCACUGCGAGCCCGACAAGGGAUACUACUGUAAGCCUGGCCUCGUCUUCCCGCAAGCUCGGGUCUGCCGGAAGACCGGCCCUCCUCAUUAG